GGCUUUAAUAUCUCAAUAAGUUGCCAUCAUUUUAAUAGUUUUUUAUAAUUAUAAUGAUUUACACUGUUAUUAAAUUUAUAUUUACAUUUAGUCAUUUAGCAGACGCUUUUAUCCAAAGCGACUUACAAAGAGUUUAAGGAGCAAUAAGCGAUAUGUCAUACAGGAGCAAUAAUGCAAUAGGUGCUAAUACAAAGUCACUAGUUUCAACAAAAGCCAGAACAAUACCUGUUGAGAGAAAGAGAGAUGGUUAGUGUUAUUAUUGCAUAAUGUUUCAUAUUUUCGGUUAGUGUAAAAAGCAUUGCUGCCUUGGGCGAGUGAAAAGAUGUUAAAUUAUUGCAUAAAUGGGGACAGCGCCAUCUAUGUGCAUGAUGUGAUUUAGCGUGUGGAGUCGGGACCGCCCACUGUGGGUGAUACUGUAAAAUUUGGUAUCGAUCGGACAGCAAGUAAAUGCAGGGCCAGUAUUGCCAAUAUCGAUGCCGAUACCAAUACUUUUACAUUUUAGAAGCAUUCACUUGAACUUACACUUAAUUCCUGUAGAUGAAAUGUCAUGAUUUAUCAGAUGAAUGCAUCAUUAAUAUGCUAAAUCUGAAUACAUUUUCAUGACCACUAAAAUAUUUUGUGAUUUGUGUUCUUAAUGUACCUGUAGGCUAAUUAAUCAUGUAGAUGUUAAAACACGGGACAUAAUUUAAACCAAAUAAAUAUAUUUAUUUAUUACUGUAAUAGUAUUUGCAAACAUGAACUUUGCACCAAAUUAUUACUGGAAAAUAGUAACAAUAACAGAUUAACAGAACAGAAAAACGAUAUUUAACAAAACAAUUUCUCCCUAUCCCAGUACUACUACUUCUCUAGCUUUAAAAAAAAACAAAGUGCACAAAAUUAAAUAAUUAAUAUGUAGAAAUGGUUUAUUCCCUUACUGAAUCCGUGAAACCCUAUUUACACACACUGUCUCCAUUGUGCAGACUGCCCAGGCAACACCGUCACACGGGCUAUUUGUACUCAGUGUAAAUAAACACUCCGUAAAUGAAAAUGUUUUAUCAAAAAUAAAUAUAAUACAUUUUAUAAAUGUGUCUAUUCACUAAUAUCCAUUGAAAACAUUAAUAGCGUUGCUGUUUUUGUUUUGUUACAAUGACAACACAAGUCAUGACGUCACGGCGUUAGUGAACGUCAAGUGUCACGAGCGGUCUUGUCCAAAUGGCAAAAACGAACAUUAAUGUCGUCAUGCAGGACUUCAGCAGCGUCAACCCAGAAAGAAAGAAAGGACACUUUCGGAGUUUUGCAUGCAGGCCAGCAGUAAUUUCCCGUUGGCGUCCCAGAUCUCCCUGCUCUCUUCACCCCGGCAUCUCUUCACCAACGACCAUCUGUUUUGGCAAGAAUCAGCCGGCGGGUCGAGGCUUCCCCCCGUUGCACGCACUCCCUUCAAGGGUCAGAAUCUCCCGGACUGGGUCUACUUCAGUAUCUUCUUCUGGGUCGAGUCCUCUCCCCGCGGACUCACGUGGUUCCUGUGGGCCGUUCUAGUCAGAUUCUCCCGAAGUGGUUUCUCUCUCCCUUGGUUCCCGUGGCUGAGACCGGUGUCCCGUGGUGGAGAUUAUUGUUGAACUUUCAAUAAAGCCUUCUAUUUAUUCCCGCAAUUGAGUCUCCGCUGUCUCUGUUCCCGCACAGUCAUGACAUAUAUAAGGAUGGUUAGUUUUUUUUCUAAAUUCUGACACUGCACUGUUCCUACAACCUGACCUAGCGCACCCAUCUUCUCACAUGUGUAAGUCUUUAAACUUAGGUUGCACGGUUUCCAUUCUGUCGUGUCUGUCUCUUUCCAUAGCUUUGAGUAUUGCUCUUUGCUGAUGAUUGUAACACCAACACUGUGUCGACUUCAAAUUCAUUAUCCAUGCCAUUCACUUUUAACCUCUGUGUGAUAGGAGCCACUUUAGGUAGAUCGUGUGAUACACAGUAUAUUGUGUUCAUGUCACUUGUAUCUUCUGACUCACUCACUUCCUCUUCUCUAACUAGAUGUGACUUCCUUCCUCUCCGCACUGUGUCCUCUGAACGGGUCUUUUUGUCCACUCGGCACCACUUUCUUGGAUUUUCGUGCUCUGUUAAUGUGUCCUCGCUUUCCACAUUUAUGACACAGUUCAAUUUAAAACUUACAUUUGUCGGGCGCAUGACUUCCUUUGCAUCUAUAACACACACAGUCUCUUCUCUGCCCUUUCGUGUCCGUGUCCCUUAUGUGUCCCCUUUAAUACCGCGUGGUUUAUAUACAUGUUAUGACUGAUUGGGCUGACAUUUAUGACACACCCACCAAACAAGACCAAACAUAUCUCAAACCUCGUUGCACACCGUUUUCAGGAAACAUGGCGUUCAAUCUGGAAACUGUAGCAAAACGUUGUUGACCGGUUUGAGCCUGAACGUGCACCUGGUAAUCCACAUGACAAACAGUGAAACAUCAAGAACUCACAAAACACAACUGAGACACAAGAGCUACACAGAGGGAAACAAGCUUAACAAGAAACACCUGGGGAACACUAAUUAACAUGGAAAAACUACAAAGGACUACAAAACAUGCCACAAGACAGGAAGUAAUAUGUACGUCGACAAUACACAGAGCAAGACUGGGUUGUCAUACACAAAAAACUAGUUAUUGAUAUACAGUAGAUUUACAUUUAAAGAUAUAUAUUUUUCUUAAUAUUAGCUAUUACAAUAUAAUAUAUAGUACAAUCAUUACUUGAUAGUAAACCUGUUUUGGUAACAGGGUUGACUGGUAGAGCUCAAGGUUAUUGUAGUUUACUAAAACUAUUGAAAUAUUUCUGUUAAUUGAAAUCUAAUAACAUUUUGGCCUAAAUAUGGCUUGUAAAACUUUUACAUUUAUAAUUUUCACUUACUUUAGUUAAGGCAGUCAAAUUAGUAACCAAACAUAAACAAUACCUAAACUAAAACUAAAACGAAAUUUAAUUUUAUUAUAACAAUAUAGUAAAUAACCAAAUAAAUAAAAUGACAAAAACACAUUGCUAAACAUAUAAUAAAAAUAUUAGUAAAUCUGAAAACAAAACUAUAGUAACUUUGAUAGAGCUAAAUGCUAAAACUUGUUGUUUAUUUAUAUUACAAGAUUAAUUUAUCUCACAUUUUAGGAGUCGCACAGAAAAUGGAACAGCCUUUUGGUCGUUCCACAAACUAUGACUUGAUGAUUUUAUAACUAUGUGAAUUUAAAUGUUGGAUACGAUACAGGAGCGAUGAGUUUGCACUGGUCAACAUCAUAAAUGGUAUUUUACACAAACCUCCAGGUAAUAUUUUACUGAUACGGCACAGACAGAACAUUAUUCUCUUUACUGUCUUUUUAUCUAAUGACAGCACAUGCUGACGUUCUACAUUAAUGACAUGAAGAUUAUGAGUCCAGCUCUGACAUGUGAAGGAUGUGAGUGUGUUUGAAGAUCACGAGCUGUCUGAGGGCGAUGCUGGGAAAGGUCCAGAUGUUCAGAUAUGAAGACGUUUAAAAGGUGGAGAGUCACGUUACUACAGAACAUCCCACACGAUGAUCUUCACACUGUUGUCCUGUCUUCUUCUGAGCUCUGCCGUCCACGCGGCACUGGACACCUGGACCAAUGGAACCAGCGACCCAAAUGAAGAAUGUGUUUGUGAGGCGUUCCUGCCCAACACCACGUUCCCAAUGGGAGAACUCGUCUCACUGGAGAACACGGUGGUGGAGAUCAACCACAAACUGGAGAUAGAGAUUAACAAGGUGGAAAGGUAUGAAGUUCAGCUACAGGUCUAUGUAGAGAAGAUAGUAAAUCUGACGGCGUUCAUCGUGUUGAUGGAGACCGAUCCAGACUCCUACAGUGAGCUCCAGAUAGAGGAGGUGAAGAUCAAGAUCAAACAGGUGGAGGCUCUCAUUGUGGAGCUGCAGGCGUCUAUACAAAUAACAUCUUCUGUGCUUAUAAGCAUACAACAACAGAUCACCAUUAUGAUCUCGGUGUUGACUCGUCUGGAGAUCACAUAUGACAAAAACCUCGUGUUGGUCACGCGUCGAGAAUACAUCAAACUUCAGCAGAAACUGGUGGAGUGCGAGAGACGGCACAACGAAAUCUUCAAUCCAAACAUCGGAGCCUGCAGUCACGGCGGAAUUAAACGAAUCAGUAAACCCAUCAUCAGUCAGCUGAACGCCAAUCUGAACGCAGGGUUCAAGUACGGAGGCUGGGGCAAAGACUCCAUCCCUCUGCCCGGAUCGGAGGAGAUGUACUGGUACGCCGGUUCUUCAGAUCUUCUGCUCAGCAGAAUCUCACUUUACGCCGACUAUUAUAAACUCAUCAUGAGACAAGCCCUCGGCACGCACGAGCUUUACGUCGCUAACAGAUACGACUAUAGAGGCAGCGGAAAUAAUUACAUCGUGCGAUCAAACGCUCUUUAUUACCAAUACAACAAUCCCUUCAGAAUGGCCAAAUACAACCUGACCAGCUCCACCGUCCAGACCAAAGUGGUUCCGGAAGCGACCAACAGAUUCUCGUACCAUUACUCCUCCAAUCAGAACCUGGACUUUGCAGCGGACGAGUCUGGACUGUGGGUGACUUACGCCACAGAAGCUUCCAAUGGUAAACUGGUGUUGGGGAAGAUCGAUGAAGACUCAUUUGAGCUCCAGCGGGUUUGGCACACCAGUGUUUUCAAACCAUCUGUCGGUAACGCGUUCAUGAUCUGCGGGGUUCUGUACGCCACUCGAUCGGUGGACUCUAAAACUGAAGAGAUCUUUUACACCUUUGACACUCGCACCGGACAGGAGAAACAUGUUAGUAUUCAGUUUGAGAAGUUUCAGGAUUUCUAUGUUUAUCUGGACUACAACCCCACGGAUCAGAAACUUUACAUGUACAACAACGGUUACUAUGUUAACUAUCAUCUUUGGUUUAACUGAGAUGAAGCAUUGUAAAAACCUGAGUGUGAAUUAUGAAUCAUCGUACAUUCAGCUCUUCUAAUAAAUACAGAGCAGCACAGAAUGUUUUCUAUUUCUGUUUCUCUAAUAAACUCUUCUAAGCAUUC